GGUUGUACAGACACACAAUGCCUGAUAAUUGUACUUCUGUUGAAUAUGACUUUGAAUGCAAAAUUCUACCGUCCAUUUACACCAUGGUAUUGAUUAUUGGUCUGGGAGCUAAUGGAUGGGGGAUGAAGUCGAUCCUGCAGAAACAGAAGAAAGUUGGAAACAAUGUGUUUCUUUUAAACAUUGGACUUGCCAAUUUUUUGUUCCUUCCAACACUACCAUUUUUGUCAGCAUACUAUUUUAUGAACAGUAAAUGGAUAUUUGGAGAUGCCUUCUGCAAGAUCACAAGAUUCUGCUUCAACUUGAAUUUAUACGGCAGCAUUGGAUUCCUCACCUGUAUAAGUGUGGACAGGUACCUGGCUAUUGUCCAUCCACUGAAGUCGAUGGGAAGGAUGACUGUCCGUAACACUGUGGCUAUCUCAGUUGUGGUUUGGCUGUUGGUGAGUGUUCAAAGUCUUCCAGACAUGCUCUACCUCAAAACAUCCACAAACAACACCUCCAAAACAAAUGAAACCACAAAAUGCUACCAUACCACUUCUACAGAGUAUGUCGAGGAUUACCUGAUAUACAGUCUUGGACAGACACUCACUGGGUUUUGCAUCCCGUUCCUUAUCCUACUUGGCUGCUAUGGACAUGUGAUUUUGGUUCUCUGCCAAAGUAAUACCAUUGACAAGGAAGUAAAACAAAGAAGCUUAAAGUUGUUAUUUAUUUUGAUUCUUCUCUUCUCAGUUUGUUACAUCCCAUAUCAUAUUUUUAGGAACCUCAACCUUUAUGCAAGAGGAUUAUUAAAAAAGGAGAUAUGCCCUACAUGGAAUAAUGGAGUCUUCAGUGCUCAUCAGAUAAGUCGUGGUCUUGUGUGUCUGAAUAGUGUUUUGAACCCCCUGGUUUACCUCCAUAUCACAGAUAUUUCUACUCAGUUCAAUCAGCUUCUCCGGCGAUCUUGUCGUAUGUUAAAUCGUCUGACUGUAUCAAGAUAUAGCAGUGUGCAGGCGACACAGUAUAUAAAAGACUAGUUCAUUGUUGACUUUGAUCCCAUCAUUUACUGUUGUCCUUAACAGCUACACUGUUCAUUUGCUGUCCUU